AUGUUGCAAUGCAGCCUGGAGAAUGGACACCGCAACGUGCCUGAGCGGCCGGUGAUCGGUGCCGGAGAACGUCUCGUCGUCCCGACAAUGCCAGUGCUGCCAGUGGACGUCAAGGAAGGGAUCAAGAUUGGCGGCGGCGGCGCCAAGAAGAGGCGGCGCGGCCCGCCGGUGCUGAUGGAAGGGUCGCGGUGCAGCCGCGUCAACGGGCGCGGGUGGCGCUGCAGCCAGCCCACGCUGGUCGGCUACUCCCUCUGCGAGCACCACCUCGGCAAGGGCCGCGGGCAGCGGAGCGCGAGCCGCGCCGAGCCCGGCAGGAGCUGGACGAACGGCGCGGCCACGCUCGGCCGCACCGAGCCCAGCAUCAGGAAGAAGGCCGCGCAGCCGUCCGUUCCCGUGGUCACCAACGGCCGCGCGGGCGCGCCCAAGCUCGGCCACACCGAGCCGACCAGCAGCAGGAAGAACGUCGACGCGCUGGCCGUGGUCGCCGCCGUGGCGCACGACGCCAGGGACCUGCCGAGCCUGCGCGCCGCACCUCUAGCGGCGGAAGUCGAUUGA